AUGGCACGUAAUGUAUCAUACAUGCUUAAUUUGUAUCAUACAAGUAAGUAUGUGAUAGAGAACGGUAGCAUCAACACUUUUUCGAAUAUGCCGGAUGAUGGUUUGUUUGUCGAAGAAAGGUUGUCAUAUGAGGGAUUGAUUAGUAAGAUUUGUAUGACACUUGGUUGGGAUCCAGCACACGUGAAACUCCACCUUUCUUUGAUUUUCGAUAGUUCCGGUGGUAGGCGUGUAGUGAAGAUCAAGAAUGAUUCGCAUGUAGAGUUCAUGAACCGUGUAGAUCCGAUGUCAUGUUUGGAUUUAUACAUAGAUUUGGAAGAUAUCACUCAAGAAGAAAGAGAAGCGAGUUUGGAAAACGUGUCAUUUGGUGGUUUUCCAAGGAGGGAACGUGCUAGUACUUCUCGAAACCGUGAUGAAGAGGAGACACCUUUAUUUGCACAAAAUGACUACCGGGAAGAGUCGGAUUCCGACUACAAAGCUCCAAGUGAAAGCGAAGAAGACUGUGAUGUCUUCGGAGAGAGUGAUUUUGAAGAAAGUGAUGAUGAAAGGUUGGAAAAUGAGGAAAUGGAUUGUAAUCUAUUGGCCCGACGCUAUGUAUAUAGUAAGAUGGGGAACUGGGAUGCCUCAUGUGUAGACAAGGAUGAGUUUGCUCUUAAGAUGUGGGAUGAGACGCCCGAAGGAAUGGACAUUGGUGUUUGUUUCAAAUCUCAAUCAGAAGCGAAGCAUGCUGUGAAAUUAUGGAACAUCCACCAUAAAAGGGAAUAUACGGUCGCCGCGAGUAGUCCAAGGACGUGGGCUGUGCGGUGCAGAACAUUUAAUGUGGAAAGUGAGGAUGGUGAACCACCAUGUGAGUGGAAGAUGCGUGUGUCAUUGAAAGCUCACGGCCUUCAUGAAAUUGUGAGAUGGCAUGAUGCACAUAAUUGCAUGACUCCUGUGAAUGAUAAUGACAAUCGGUAUAUCGCUGCGCUUAAGUUUACUAAUCCUGAGACUGUAGUAGAGUGGGAAUGGAAGGAGGGACAAGAAGAAUCCAAUCUUGUGUCGCGAUAUAAUAGCAAAAAGGUGAAGCGCGACUUCCUCCACUCCUCACGGUAUGGGCCUCAGCGAGAUCAAUUAACAAGUCUGCGUGUUGAAGAUUUUCGCAAUAAGUGGGUGGACCACCAUUCCGCAGUACGUCGUUAUUGGAAUAGGAGAGAAGAGUUCGUGCUACGAGAUUUGGAGGAAGGAGAUCUUGGUUCCGUAUAUGAGGGGUACUAUGAAUGGUUCAUGGUGAACACUGUCAGACUGAUAUCCAAUCCCGGUAAUUAUGAACCUCAAGGAUACGAGACUUCUUCGAGCCGCGUGAAAUUAUAUGGUGAAGUAUUGAACAACAUUCGCGUGAGUACCGAGAGGUUUAGAGAAAAACGAGAAGAUGAUAAUCUCCUAGACGAAGAACUUGACAAGCAUUUGGACGAUAUCAUCAAUCAAACACAUACUGCUUUAACCUUGGGCGCAGAUGAUGAGAUGGAGGUGGAGGAUACCCAAAUCCUGGUUGAUGAAGAUCCAUCUUUGCCCUCACAACCUCCGCCGGAUAAAAAAGCGAAACCGUGGUCGAGAGAUAAGAUUGGAGGAGGAAGAAAGAGGAAGGUCACAAUCCCCCCUCGGACAUCGCAACAACAAACUGAGGGUCAACAAAAUGAGGAUCAAGCACAUUCUUCUCGAGGCUCGCGCAUCCAGGUCGAGACUCAUUUUGAAGAAGCUGGUGGACCCGAGACUCAGUUUGACCUUGGUGGACCCGAGACUCAGUUUGGUGGACAGUCACAACCACAACCUGGAGUCAAAUUUCUCACCAUAGGGGAGUCCCAAUCCCAACCCCAAAUCGAGGCUCAGUUUGGUGGACAGUCGCAACCACAACAGAGUUCAAUACUCACGUAUCUUAAGAGGGGAGACAGGAUCCGGCAGGGCCCAAACAAAUACACUCUGGAUAAUGUGAGUGACAAUGAUGAUGUCCCGACUGAAGAUAUCAAUUUGGAAGGGUUUAAUGAUUUCAGAGGUGACUCACCUCCACAUUCACCUCCACCUAGACGAAGCAAUAUUAUUUGUCUUAGAGUUAGAGGACUUGGAGCUGCAUCUGCAUCUGCAAUUGCAUCUGCAUCUGCAUCAUCAUCAACAGCGAGUAAUGUCCAGCCUUGGGUUGUCACGAGAACAGUUGUUGGUGGCCCUCAUGACAGUUCUAUUAUUCCCAAUUUUCUUGGUCAUGUGGCUCAUCGCUUGACGGAUAAGUCGUACAAACCCUCCUUGGAGAUGGAUACAAGAGUCACAUACUUCAAGUUGUUGAAAGAAUGGAAGGGUUCUAUGUCGACUGAGGAUCAAAUCUUGUUGGCUGGUAGAUUAAUUACAGCACAACCUGGGACUGUCGAUUGUAAGACUUUGGUCAUGAGGGCGCUGAGAAUGACUAGUCAGACGCUACAGACUAGUAAAGUAAUCCAUGGUGGAGGGGUUCAGUCGGGCCUUGUUGCGAAGACAGUCCGAGCAGCAGCGCUUGCUUUAGAUCAGGUUGAAUGGUUGCCUUAUGGCCCAGAUCCUGUUUCGGAUGAUCCAAGGACCAUAUGCAGUGGCUGGAUACAGUACCGAGAUAUUAUUGAGUCAUACUUGCCUAGUCGAGUAUUGCGCCAGAUUGGAUACAUCCAGGUCAUCCCUCCACCCAUUCCUCAUCCCCUGAGUGCAAAUAGUAGUGGUAAUCACCACUCCUACAAGGUUUCAUGGAGGCCCACUGAGGCGUUUGAUGCUUGGAUGCAAUUCCCAUUCAGUACCGGGCUAACUCUAGAGUAUUUUGAGCGGAGUGAUCAUGAUAAGACUGCAUGCGCUCCUACUUACCUCCAGUGGUACUUGAAAUAUUUGCAUCCUUUCUUGGUUUUAGAUGCCACUACUAUAGUUUCUACUGAAUAUUUUCGCACAAACAUAAUUGACACGCCCGGUGGGACUGAUUUGCGUGUCUCGACUAGGUUUGAAGUUAUGUCAACAGCAACAACUACUACUUUUGUUCUGACAGGAGUUACUUCUUCCGGUCCAUCAACAACUGAAGCAGCAAAAUCAACCGGAGAAACAGGAGUAGCGUCAACUCUUUCGUUGCCGUCAUCGGGAGUACAGAUUCUACCGGUGAAUCAGAAUCUGGAGCAUGAGUUGAGAAGUUCCUAUCACUCUCAAAUUCACCAAGGUGCUGAGCAAACUGUGGAGCAUGAAACAACAUGGCUCAAUGCUCAAUUAUGGUUAGACCAAUGGGGCCAUACUAAAGAAUCAGCAUACAACACACCCCAGGGCCCUGAGCAAAUCAUUAUCGGCCAACAGAAUAACACUAUCACGAGCAUGCUGGCCUGUAUUACUGCAUUGGAGCAAUCUCUCCAGAAAGUUAACCCUAGCGGAGUCGUGGUACCUGAAACUCCACGAAUAACUCCAGAUGCAUCAUUGAGAGUACCAUUAUUUAAUCCAUCUACAACUCUUACCCAUAACAAUCCUUUGUUAUCUAAUUCAUCAACACCGGUGCAAGGGUUGUCAGCCUGA